CUUUCUCUCUUUUUUUAUUCCUCUCUCUCUCUCUCUCUUUUCAUUCUCUUCUUCGUUCUUCGUUUUGUUUUCUUCGAAAGGGUUCCCAUGUGCAUUCUUCUGUUUCCUGUUGCUCUCUUAGCACUUCUCUUUCUAAUUCGACUAUGGCAUCACCCCACAAACAAACACUUACCACCCGGUUCCAUGGGCUGGCCCUACGUUGGGGAAACCUUCAAGCUUUACUCUCAGAGUCCAGAGUCGUUCUUUGCUGAUAAACAAAGGCGGUAUGGAGCUAUAUUUAAGACGCAUAUAUUGGGCUGCCCAUGCAUAAUGAUAUCGAACCCGGAGGCGGCCAGGUGCGUGUUGGUGAGCCAGGCUCACCGGUUUAAACCCACUUUCCCGUCGAGUAAAGAGAGGAUGAUAGGGCCCCAGGCCUUGUUUUUCCACCAGGGUGAGUACCACACCAGGUUAAGGAAGCUCGUUCAAGCCUCAUUGCUUCCAAACGCCAUUAGAGACAGCGUCUCCGACAUUGAGAAGGUGGUUCUCUCUCUCCUCAAGUCAUGGGAAUGCACCACUGUCAACACCUUCCAUGAAAUGAAAAAGCUGACUUUUGAGGUGGCCAUGCUAGCGGUGUUUGGAAGCUGCAGAGAUUUGGAUUCGGAAGGCAUAAAGAGUCUCUAUCUCUCGAUAGAGAGAGGUUACAAUUCAAUGCCUCUCAAUUUUCCGGGAACCUCUUUUCACAAAGCCAUGAAGGCGAGGAAACGGCUAAGCGAGAUGCUUAGGAAGGUCAUGGCAAAGAGGAGGGCGGAGAAAGUGACACGCGGCGGGCUGCUGGAGAUUCUGAUGGCUUCAUCGAAGGGUGGGAAGCGCAUGGAGCUGACGGACGGUCAGAUCGCGGACAACGUAAUAGGGGUGAUCUUCGCGGCACAAGAUACAACGGCUAGUGCCCUCACCUGGGUACUUAAGUUCCUGCGCGAUCACGGACCACUCCUUCACUCUGUCACGAGAGAGCAAGAAGGCAUCAGAAGAGAAAUGAUUAAGGGAAAUCGCAGAUUGACAUGGAACGAUACAAGGAACAUGCCUCUCACUACAAGGGUCAUUCAAGAGACCCUUAGAGCGGCUAGUAUUCUAUCGUUCACAUUUAGAGAAGCUGUGGAGGACGUGGAGUUAAAUGGUUAUGUAAUCCCAAAGGGUUGGAAGGUGCUCCCUCUCUUUAGAAACAUACACCACUGUGCUGAAUUCUUUCCAGAGCCUGAAAAAUUCGACCCAUCCAGGUUUGAGGUUCCUUUGAAGCCCAAUACUUUUAUGCCUUUUGGCAAUGGUUUGCACUCCUGCCCUGGAAGUGAGCUCGCAAAGCUCGAGAUGCUCGUUCUCCUCCAUCAUUUCACUACCAAAUACCGGUGGGAUGUGGUGGGGAAGGAGAGUGGAGUACAGUACGGGCCCUUCCCAGUGCCAAAGCAAGGGCUGCCCAUAAGAGUAAGCAAUCUAAGGAACAGGAAGAGCACGACAACGAUAACAACAACAACAACAAUAACCCUUAAUAAAAAGUGACAACGAUGCUCGCAUUUCGACACAUUCGUGGCUGCAUUGUCGUGGGAACUAAAACAGAGCCCACAAAUUAGCACACUAGCACCUAAGGCGUGCUUGCUUUGUUAUGUUUUGCUCUUGACAACACUGUUGCUUCUUUUUUUAGGGCUAUCAGGUUUUUCUUCGUCUCUUUCGUGGCUUCAUUUGUGUGUGCAUUGUGGUCCUUUCACAAUGACCAAAAUACCUGGCUGGUCCUUGGAUAAUGACGAAAAUACCCUGGUGUCAAUACCCUUAAAGGGUUUUUCAUGUGACAAGAGUGCCCUCAAGUUGGGGUUGUAGAAGUGGAAAUUGUUAUGCUUUCAAGAUGUUUAAGAAUUGUUAAA